UUCUGUGUACUUCUGUAUUCUUUGAUAUAACUUGCUUUGUGAUUAUAAUUACAAUUUUUCAGAUUUAUUUGUUACAUUGUGCGCAUGUCAGUUAAAAAGAAUCCUUUACUUGUAACAUUGUCAUUGUGAUUUAUUAAAAAACUGUUACAAUAUUUGUUCAUAAUUGAAAAUACCUAAAUAUAUACAAUGGCCUUAAGUAAAAAUGAUCCAAAUUCAUAUGCUAGACCAGAUUUUUCCGUUAUAACUCAUAUUGAUUUAGAGUUGAAUGUUGAUUUUGAAAAAAAAGUUUUGUCAGGUAAAGCAAUUCUAAACGUACUUAAAACUGGCGAUACAAAUGAGUUGAUUUUGGAUAAUCGUGAUCUUAAUAUAUUAUCAGUUAAAAAUGUUGAUAAUAAAGUUAAUCUGAGUUAUAAAAUAGAUAGCAAAAUUGAAUAUGGUUCUAGAUUUGUUAUUUGUUUACCAAAACAUGUAUGUUCACUUGAUGAUGAUGAUAAAAGAUAUACAAUUGAAAUUAAUUAUGAAACGGCACCAAAUGCAACUGCUUUACAAUGGUUGACACCAGAACAAACAGCUGGAGGAAAACAUCCUUACUUAUUUUCUCAAUGCGAGGCUUUACACGCUAGAUCUAUAGUUCCUUGUCAAGAUACACCAUCUGUCAAAUUCACCUAUUCCGCUCAGAUAACAGCACCAAAGGAGAUGACGGUUUUAAUGUCUGCUUUAUCAGGCGGACAAGAAGAGACAGAAAAAACAAAAGUGUAUACAUUUUGUCAAUCUAUUCCAAUACCAUCAUACUUAAUAGCUAUUGCAGUAGGUGUAUUGGCAUCUAAAAAGAUCGGCCCUAGAACUACUGUCUGGGCUGAGCAAGAAUAUAUAGAGCAAAGUGCGUAUGAGUUCGCUGAGACUGAGACUAUGCUAAAAACUGCUGAAGAUAUAUGUGGUCGUUAUGUGUGGGGCGUGUAUGACUUGUUAGUGCUCCCACCAAGCUUUCCAUUAGGUGGAAUGGAAAAUCCAUGUUUAACAUUUGUAACACCAACCCUUCUUGCUGGAGACCGUUCUCUAGCUAAUGUAGUAGCUCAUGAAAUUUCACAUAGCUGGACUGGUAAUUUAGUAACAAAUGCAAACUUUGAACAUUUUUGGUUGAAUGAAGGCUUCACUAUGUUCGUUGAGAGAAAGAUAAAUGGAAGGAUGUUUGGUGAAAAAUACCGAGAAUUUAGCGCAUUAAUUGAACUUCAAUCUUUGGAAGAAUCUAUUGAAACAUUUGGAAAAACGAAUCAGUUAACAAAGUUAGUUCCCAGCUUAGAAGGAAUUAAUCCUGAUGAUACAUUUUCUAUCAUACCUUAUGAAAAAGGUCAUACAUUUUUAUAUUAUUUAGAGCAACUAUUGGGUGGUCCAGAUGUAUUUGAACCUUUUCUAAAAUCAUAUUUAGUUGCUUUUCAAUAUAAAAGUUUAGUUACUAAUGACUGGAAGGAGUAUCUAUACCAAUAUUUUUCAGAUAAAACUGAGUUGUUAAAUUCAGUGGAUUGGAAUGCGUGGCUUAAUACACCAGGUAUGCCACCGAUCAUACCAAAUUAUGAUAAAAGUUUAGCUGCUGCCUGCACUGAAUUAGCACAAAAAUGGAUUACAUGGGAUGAAAAUAGUACAACACCUUUUAACAUAAAAGACUUACAAGAUUUUACUCCAAUGCAAAAGAAAACAUUUAUAGCUGAUUUACAUGCAUCAUCCACUGUUUUGUCAGUGAAAAAACUUGAAGCUAUGCAAAGUGUAUAUGAUCUUGAUUCUAUUAAGAAUUCUGAAAUAAGAGUUUUUUGGUUGCGUUUAUGCAUAAAAAGUCGCUGGGCAUCAAAAGUACCAGACGCUUUAAAAUUUGCAACUGAAAUGGGACGAUUGAAAUUUGUUCGUCCAAUAUUCCGUGAUCUUUACAACUGGGAGGAAAUGCGUCAGACUGCAAUUGAUGCAUAUUUAAAAAAUAAAAAUAAAAUGAGCUAUAUUACUGCUCAUAUGUUAGCUAAAGAUCUUCAUCUUAGCGAAUGAAAAAUUGUGUCAUUUUAUCAAUAUUGUAUUUUUGUAAUAAAUAAUUUUCUUUUCAUACUAGA